AUGUUCCACCGCGGAGCUAGGGGGCGACAAGCGUUUGAAACCGCUCCCCUCGUUAAGUGUUAUAACUUGGCCAAACGAGGUCGUAGAGCGAUGAUAGAGUCUCCCUGUGGUCUCCCUCCCUCAGUCUUCCUCCCUCAGUCUUCCUCCCUCAGUCUCCCUCCCUCAGUCUUCCUCCCUCAGUCUUCCUCCCUCAGUCUCACGCUGGUCUCCCUCCCUCAGUCUCCCUCUCAGGCCGGGGCCACACCGCCUGCGUGCGAAGCGCUAGAAGCGUAG